GUGGGUACAGAAUGCAGUGCUCAUAUUCGUGCUUAGUAGAGGCAAAAUGUGAAUGAGGCUGUGGGGUGGCCACUCAUGGAAAGGUCCAAAAAGCACCUCUAGCGGGAGGGGACAGGAAGCCCAAGGGAAAUGGGCCGAGAGCACUAACUCUCUCUCUGGCGCCCAUGCAGCCUUUUUCCGGGGCUGUCUACACUGGCUUCCCUUCUUUUGCUUACAGUUCUGGGAGGUGAUUGGCGAGGAACACGGGAUCGAUGCGGCCGGGAGUGACCGGGGGGCCUCGCCCCUGCAGCUGGAGAGAAUCAGCGUGUACUACAAUGAGGCCUACGGUAAGAAAUAUGUGCCCCGAGCAGUCUUGGUGGACCUGGAACCUGGGACAAUGGACAGCAUUCGAUCGAGCAGAUUAGGAGCCCUCUUUCAACCGGACAGCUUUGUCCACGGUAAGUUUUCCAGAAGGUUCCCACAGGAAGAGAGAAGGAUGCCUCCUAGUGGUGCCCUUGUCACCUUUCUGUCCCCCUGCUUGCUUUUUGCCACAGGGAACUCUGGGGCCGGCAACAACUGGGCGAAGGGCCACUACACCGAGGGCGCGGAGCUGCUGGAGAACGUGCUGGAGGUGGUGAGACAGGAGAGUGAGGGCUGCGACUGCCUGCAGGGCUUCCAGAUCGUCCACUCCCUGGGCGGGGGCACGGGCUCCGGGAUGGGCACCCUGCUUAUGAACAAGAUCAGGGAGGAGUACCCAGACCGGAUCAUGAACUCCUUCAGCGUCAUGCCGUCCCCCAAGGUGUCAGACACGGUGGUGGAGCCCUACAACGCCGUGCUGUCCAUCCACCAGCUGAUUGAGAACGCAGACGCCUGCUUCUGCAUCGACAACGAGGCCCUCUACGACAUCUGCUUCCGCACCCUGAAGCUGACCACGCCCACCUACGGGGACCUCAACCACCUCGUGUCCCUCACCAUGAGCGGGGUCACCACCUCACUGCGGUUCCCUGGCCAGCUCAAUGCGGACCUGCGCAAGCUGGCGGUGAACAUGGUCCCCUUCCCCCGCCUGCACUUCUUCAUGCCCAGCUUUGCCCCGCUCACAGCCCAGGGCAGCCAGCAGUACCGUGCCCUCUCGGUGGCCGAGCUCACCCAGCAGAUGUUUGAUGCCCGCAACAUCAUGGCUGCCUGUGACCCGCGCCGUGGCCGCUACCUGACCGUGGCCUGCAUCUUCCGGGGCAAGAUGUCCACCAAGGAAGUGGACCAACAGCUGCUCUCUGUGCAGACCAGGCACAGCAGCUGCUUCGUGGAGUGGAUUCCCAACAACGUCAAGGUGGCUGUCUGCGACAUCCCCCCUCGGGGGCUGAGCAUGGCGGCCACCUUUAUCGGCAACAACACUGCCAUCCAGGAGCUCUUCGGCAGGGUCUCUGGCCAUUUCUCAGCCAUGUUCAAAAGGAGAGCUUUUGUGCACUGGUACACCAGCGAAGGGAUGGACAUCAACGAAUUUGGGGAAGCUGAAAGUAAUAUCCAUGACUUGAUCUCCGAGUACCAACAAUUUCAAGAUGCCAAAGCAGUUCUAGAGAAUGAAGAGGUUGUGGAAGAGGCAGAGAUGGGACUGGAAGAUGAGAAACACUGACCAUGAGAAGCUGUGUGGUGGGGUCGCUUACAGCACAGGUUCCCGCGGUGCUUUUCCCGCAGUACUCCAAAGCCUGUCUGCACGGCAGUGCAGUGAAUAAUACGCACUUAGCAUCAGCUUGCCACAGGCACAGUGGGAGGGGGUGGGGGAAGCAGCUGAUUGGCAUUAGGGUCUUCUGCUUGACACUAACCUUGACGAGUUCGAAUUCGAUGCACACUCAUUACCUUUUCCUUUUUAAUAGUGACGUGAAUUUACUGUCAAGCACUCCCUUUGUUUUAAAGUGUUUCCUGGGUAUUUACUGUGUGCAGAACCCUGUGCCAGGCAGGCAGACCACACGUGUGGAUUUGCAGGGGGCCACCACAGUUGACAUUAAUUUUUGAACUUUAACAGCACUGAAAAGUGCCCUGGAAUCCUUACUUGGCAUCCUGGGGCUGUCAGGACUCUUACCUUAGAUUCUCUUGUCUUAACAAACACGGCCCAGCACCCUGCUGCCUUCCUGUGCUUGCCCGCCUCUGUGCAAGCAACUAGAGAGCGGGGGUGAGACAGCCACAGUAAACUUGCGUCAACAUCCACUAGGAAACCGUGUAGCCCUUGUGUACAACUCAACACACUAACCAGAAAAGGAAAGAGGGGGAAAAGAAAAGUUAGUCAGUCCUCUCCACGAAAACACCUGG